AUGGUGGACCUUGGUCUGAAGAUUAGCGAUCUCUUUGAGGACUUCGAAGCGGAACCCAUGGCUGCAGCAUCCAUUGCGCAGGUGCACGCUGCCAGACUCCGUGGCGGAGAGAGGUGUGUAGUGAAAGUCGUUCGCCCCCGUGUGCGGGAGCGACUGGCCGUUGACUUCGAAUGUGUACAGUUGGCUGCGCGCCUUGCAGACCUCAUCCUCGGGGAGGAGGUCGUCCUUCAGCUGGUAAGUGCCUCGCUCGAAGGAUGCGUAGAGGAGCUGCGAAGAGCUGUCAUGGCAGAGUGCGAUCUUGCCAUGGAGCGCCAGAACAUCGAGGCCCGGAGCGCGGAGUUUUCCCGCUUUGCCACGCUUCGCAGAGCUCGCCUUGCCAGUGCUGUUCGCGUGCCGAAGACCUACGAGGAUGCUUCCUCUCCUCGUAUCCUGACCAUGGAGCGCAUUGAUGGGCUGCCGUUCUCCGAGCUCUGCGCUAGUGGAGGUUCACAGCCAAGCAGUGCUCCCGACGACUGGCAAACUGCUUUAACGUCUGCACUGAGCGUGGCGGCUGUGUCGGUCCUCGACGGCUCAGCUCUCUUCCAUGCAGACCUGCAUACCGGCAACAUGAUUGCGGUGAGAGGACCGGCUGGAGAAUGCCAGGUGGCCUUCAUCGACUUCGGCUGCUGUGGCCGUCUCCCAGCACCACUGCGAGGCACUUUGCUGAUGCAAGCCUCGGCAUUUGCUGGAGGAAGGCCAGAUGUGCGACAGUUCUGCGAGGGCUUUGCACAUGCCCUGCAACGAAUCCCAGAACUUGGCCGUGAGGAGGACUUGGACGUCGAUGCUCUCGCUGCAGACAUGAAGCCUGUGCUGCAGCAGCUUCAGCUCCUUAAUCCCUUCAGAGGAGGUGCUGACCCGAUGUCGCCGGAGUUGCAUAUAGAGCUCUUGCGCCUACAGCGGGUGCUGUGCCGACAUGGGGUGCAACUUCCCCGCGAGUUUACUCUCCUGAUGAAGACUGGUUGCUUCGGGGCUCUGUAUUUCUCGCUGUUGGAUGAUGCCAACAAGCGACAGCUCUUGUCAAAACUGCUGAUUGCCGGAGCUGCUUUUGCUGCUUCCCAUCCCAAGGACGCGAGGGAGCUUCUGAAUCCAGCAAAGCUAGCGGUGCUGUUGUCGGCACUGCGCAGACAUGAAAGGCCUUUUGCAGCUUGUGGUGUGACGCCUGCUAUCGUCGUGGCAAGCUGCCUUGCCAUCUCUGCAGCAUACCUAGUGCGGCAUCUGCAGUAG